CACACAGUUCCACACGUGCAAUAUUUACGAAAUAUGCGCAAUCUGAAGCUGCAAUACUGCAAUGAGCUGGAUGCAGUGGCCCAUCCCCGGCGUCUGCUCCUGCAACCGGAACUAAAUGGCGGCGCCUCGGACACAUCCUUCGUGGUGGCCGACAACAAGGUAUACGCGGUUCAGGAGUCCGGAGAUGUGCCACCAAAAGUCAUUGCCGAUUUGCCGGACAUAGUGGGAGCAGAGUUUUUACAGCUGGACAAUGCGAUCUGCGUGGCCAGUGGUGCUGGUGAAGUGAUCCUGGUCGACGCCCAAACAGGGGCCACCAGCGAGGGAACGUUCUGCGACGUCGGCAUAGAGAGCAUGGCCUGGUCGCCUAAUCAGGAAGUGGUGGCCUUCGUUACCCGCACUCACAACGUGGUGUUGAUGACCAGCACUUUCGACGUUAUAGCAGAGCAGCCACUGGACGCAGAACUAGCCCCAGAUCAGCAGUUUGUCAAUGUGGGAUGGGGCAAAAAGGAGACGCAGUUCCACGGAUCGGAGGGUAAGCAGGCUGCGAAGCAGACUGCAUCAGAUUCUACCGUCAGCCACGACGUACAGGAACUUAAUCAGGAUGUAAGCAUCUCAUGGCGAGGCGAUGGAGCCUUUUUUGUGGUGUCUUUUGUGGCAGCCCAAUUGGGUCGCACCUUUAAGGUGUACGAUAGCGAAGGAAAACUUCAUCACACAGCCGAAAAGAGUGCAAAUCUAAAAGAUGCUGUUGUCUGGCGGCCAACGGGUAAUUGGAUUGCCGUACCCCAACAGUUCCCCAACAAGUCCACCAUAGCCCUUUUUGAGAAAAAUGGCUUGCGACAUCGCGAACUGGUCCUUCCCUUCGAUCUUCACGACGAGCCAGUGGUGCAGCUGCGCUGGAGCGAGGACUCCGACAUACUAGCCAUUAGGACAGCUACCAAAGAGGAGCAGCGAGUGUACCUGUAUACAAUAGGCAACUACCACUGGUACUUGAAGCAGGUGUUGAUUUUUGAACAAACAGACCCGCUGGCACUGCUCCAUUGGGACACGCGGGUUGGAGCCGAACACGCACUUCACAUACUUAAGAAGAGCGGCAAGCAUCUCGUCUACCGCUGGGCAUUUGCCGUAGAUCGAAACGAUGCUGUCGUGGGAGUCAUUGAUGGUAAACGCCUGUUUCUUACAGAUUUCGACGAGGCCAUUGUACCACCACCCAUGAGUCAGCACGUCCUUAAUACACACAGCUAUAUUAAUGUCUUCACAUCACACAUUACCACCAUGUGUGUAUACACCAGCUAUCGUCAAAUACACUUGUUUGAGAACAUCAAGCAGUUCAGCGAAGAGCGGGUCAAAACGCUUGUGCCAGAUGCAGAGCUUUCUCGAUUGCAGCUGGCCAAUCUGACCAUUUUCUCGAAACACUAUCUGCUGGCCACUCACAGCUCAGCGGGGUCCACACGCCUGCUCCUGUUGUCCUAUAAGGAUGAGGUCAACGAGCAAGGCGAGCCGUGCUAUCGAGUGCAGAGUUCUCUGCGGAUCAACGGAUUAGUGAAUGCUGUUGCAGUCGCAGCGCAUGCUAUGGAUAAGUUUUACGUGCAAACAGUGAAUAAUGGUCACACAUACGAGGUGUCUCUUCAAGCGGACAAGACUCUUAAGGUGGAGCGAACUUAUGUGCAGUUGGCUCAGCCGGCUGACCAUAUAGAUUGGGUUAUCAGCGACGGAUCCAUUUGGGAUGGCUACACAGGCUGUCUCGUCACCCUGCGCAAUCAGCAUCUGCUCCAUAUAGACGGCCAUCACAUUGGCGAGGACGUCACUUCCUUCUGCGUAGUUGGAAAUUAUCUUGUAUACACCCAGAUAAAUGCGAUGCACUUUGUUCGACUGAAGGAUCGCCGCCAAGUGGCAAGCAGGAACAUUGAACGCGGUGCCAAGUUGGUAACGGCAGUGGACCACAAAGCACGUGUUGUGUUGCAGUUGCCGCGCGGAAAUCUGGAGGCCAUUUGCCCGCGUGUGCUUGUCCUCGAGUUGGUCGGUGGCCUUCUCAACGAAAAGAAAUACCAGAAGGCUAUGCAGAUGGCGCGCAAGCAACGUAUUAACCUGAAUAUCAUUUUCGAUCACGAUGUAGAGAAGUUCGUGGUCUCAGCGGACGACUUUCUGCGAGAGAUCAAAGAAUCUCAGUGGCUCUGUCUGUUCCUCAGUGAGUUACAGAAUGAGGACUUCACGAAAGGAAUGUACUCCAGUAAUUAUGAUGCGGCCAAACAGAUAUAUCCCUCCGAUUACAGGGUUGAUCAGAAGGUGGAAUACGUGUGUCGGCUGCUGCUACGGCAAAUGAAUGAGGAGGAUAAACGUUUUCGUAUGCCUGUGAUCACCGCCUAUGUAAAGUUGGGCUGUUUGGAACCGGCUCUCCAGCUGAUUUGGAAGGAGAAGAAAGUAGAUGCGUCUCUUGCAGACCAAUUGCUGCAAUAUCUUCUUUAUUUGGUGGACGUCAACGACCUGUACAAUGUGGCCCUAGGCACUUACGAUUUCGGGCUUGUUCUGUUCGUGGCUCAAAAGUCACAGAAGGAUCCGAAGGAAUUCCUUCCCUAUCUUAACGAAUUAAAGGCAUUGCCUGUAGACUAUCGCAAGUUCCGGAUCGAUGAUCAUCUUAAAAAAUAUGCUUCGGCACUUUCACAUCUUGCUUCCUGCGGAGAGGAGCAUUACGACGAGGCUUCGGAGUUUAUCCGUAAGCAUGGCCUGUACACUGAUGGCUUGGCGAUUUAUCGGGAGCACAAAGAGUUCCAAAAGACAAUAUACGUGGCCUAUGCAGAUCAUCUUAGGGCCAGUGCCAAACUGGAUAACGCCAGUAUCAUGUACGAACGAGGCGGUGAGUUGCAGCAGGCGCUACUAAGUGCAAAACACACUCUCGAUUGGCAGCGUGUUCUGGUGCUGGCCAAAAAGCUGGGUGAACCUUUGGAUCAGGUGGCCCAGUCGUUGGUGGGACCAUUGCAACAGCAGGGUCGCCACAUGGAAGCCUACGAGUUGGUAAAGGAGCACUGUGACGAUCGAAAGCGGCAGUUGGAUGUGUUGCUUGAGGGCCAUCUGUACAGUAGAGCCAUUUACGUGGCGGGUCUGGAGGAUGAAGAUGUUUUAGCAGAAAAAAUCGAGCCCGCUUUGUUAGCCUAUGGUACUCAACUACACAGCUCCCUGCAAGCCGAUCUUGAGCUCUUCCUGGAUUACAAGCAGCGGCUUUUGGACAUCCGGCAGCGCCAAGAAAAAUACGGUGUGGGGAAUAUCGAUGCCAAUGUGGAUCUGGAGGAGGUGGACCUACUGUCGGACACCACCAGUCUUCACUCUUCGCGAUACAGCGGUACUUCACGAGGGACAGGCAAGACAUUCCGCUCAAGCAAAAACCGACGCAAGCACCAACGCAAGCUGUUCAGCCUGAAGCCGGGCAACCCCUUCGAAGACAUCGCGCUCAUCGAUGCGCUGCACAACCACGUCACGAAGAUAGCCCAACAGCAGCAGCCUGUGCGUGACACAUGCAAAGCGCUACUACAGCUCGCCAAUGCUGCGGAUGCAGAUCCCCUGGCAGCGGCACUGCAGCGUGAAUUCAAGACACUGUUGCAAGUGGUGAAUGCGGCGCUGGACGAGAUCUGGACGCCUGAACUACUGGGCAACGGAAUGAUGGCGCAGCACCUCACGGGACCCAAUGUAGAUUAUCUCGCACUGCAGAAGGAGCAGCGCUAUGCCUUGAUAAGUCCCCUGAAGCGCUUCAAGCCCCAACUGAUUGUGAUGGAUGAGCAACUCGAGAUCCUCCAGUGAAUCAUCGCCGGGAUCAUUGGAUUUGCGUGCUGCACUCAUCCCGCCCCCAAACCGUAAUCGUCUCAGCCUUCCCACUGUUUACUUUCACUGCUUUCAAAAUAAAUGUAGCAUUGAAAUGCUAA